AUCCCGCAAUGCAGACUAUCCCAGCCACACUCCCCUGUCAGCAUUCACAGACCACAGUAAGAACAGUCCCAGUUCGUCACAGGGGGUGCGUUUGGCAGUUGUGCCCAGGCCUCUCCCCCACCCCCCAGGGCAGUAGCCAGACACUAACCCCAGUUCUCGUUUCUGGUGUUUAUUUGGAGGCUGGUCACAGGACAGCUGGGGAAUGUUCUUGCUGCCCUAAGCAAACCGGCAGCUGCUGACGCAAUCGGCCCCCGCACCCCUGCCCAGGGUGGCAGCUGUCCCAGUUCAUACUCAGCUGUGGGGGUGUGUGGGGUGGGGGGAGCUGUAGGAGUUAGAAAUGCAGAAAUGUCGGGGCUUGUGCAAGAGGCUGCGGGCUGUUGCAGCGGUUCUGGGUGGAGUUCUUAGCACACCAGCCCCUGGGGAAGUGGCCCCCAUCUCCGCUCUGUGGAGGGCUCCCAGUCCCUCUGCUUCGGGGCCGGAGCUGACCCCUCACCGGGCAGGGGCGAGGUGGAGGGCACAUUAUCCCAUCACCGUCUCUGCAGCAGUGGGCAAUGGCCUCUAUUGAAGACUGGGCUAGAGGGACCCUGGGCUGGUCCAGGCUGGCCACGCCCUCGAUGCUGGGCAUUGUGAAUUUGUCAGGUCUCUGCGAGCACCGCUAAAGCCGCCUCCUCCCUCUGGGGGACCUGGGCUCUUGGUCGGUGUUGGGGGUGGGAAGAUCCCGCUCCAGCCCCGGCUGUGAUGCUGCAGAGCGGCCAGGCACUGAGUGGGGAGUCUCUCACCAGCGCAUUUUGACAGGGCCCCCGGCCAGCCCUGCUCUGAGGAGCAGCCGGCAGUGACCCACACCCUGCUCCUGGGGGGCGGGACUCAAAGGCUGGUGCUAGUUUGUUUGCUUCUCUCUGUGCCAUCCGCUGGGGACUGGUGCGGGUCCGUGCGGUGGGCCCUGCUUCAUAAACAGACUCUGAGUAGAAAGGGCUAAUAAAGGAUUCACUGCCGGAGUCCGGCCGGCAGCUCGGAAUCAUCCCCGGCACCGUCUGCGGCGGUGUCCGUGACACGCCUUGUUCACGUGUGUGACAGCUGAGGAAGCAGCGACGACUCCCAUCCACGGAGCGCAGCAGCGGCCGUCCCGCGCCUGGGUGGGGACAGCUUGGAGCCGAAGCCCCGGCAGAGGCGGGUGAGCCAGUGGGGAAGGCACCGGGUUGGGACUCAGGAGACCUGGCUCCAACGCACAGCUCUGCCACCGACGCCCACUGCGACCUGGGGGGGCGGAUCCUGCGGCAGAAUGAACGUCACCGAGUUGUAUGAUUACUACGAUCUUGACUCGUACUCUAACUUCACUGCGCCUGUCUUCCACACGACGGAUCUGCAGCUGACCCCAGUCCUGUGGGCGUCUCUGGUUCUCUACUCCCUCGUCUUCCUGCUGGGCGUGCUGGGGAAUGCGGCUGUCAUCUGGGUGAUCGGCUACGGGAUGAAGCGCACGGUGAACACCGUCUGGUUCCUCAACCUGGCGGUGGCCGACCUACUGUGCUGCCUGGCGCUGCCGUUCCUGGCCGUGCCCGUGGCCCGCGGCAACCGCUGGGAGCUGGGUGACUUCGCCUGCAAGCUGCUCCCAUCCCUCACCAUCCUGAACAUGUUUGCCAGCGUCCUGCUCCUGACGGCCAUCAGCGUGGACCGCUGCGCCCUGGUGACCAGGCCCGUCUGGUGCCAGAACCACCGCACGACCCGGGUGGCCUGGGGCGUGAGUGGGGCAGCCUGGCUCCUGGCUCUGCUCAUGACCCUCCCAACCUUCAUCUUCCGGAAGACGCACGCCGAAGCGUUCUCAGACAAAGUGAUGUGUGUCCUGGAGUACGCUCAAGUGUCCAGUUACCAGACCGCCGUUGAGGUGUCCGUCGCUUCCUUCCGCUUCGCCGCCGGCUUCCUGGUCCCCUUCGUGGUGAUCGCCACCUGCUACGGCCUGGUCCUGGCCCGUGUCCUAGGUAGCUGCUUGGUCCGAUGGCACAGGCCCACGGUGGUCGUGCUGGUAGUGAUCGUCGGCUUCUUUGCCUGCUGGCUGCCCUACCACGUGGUGGGGCUGAUCCUGGCCGCCCACGCCCCCAGCGCCCGUCUGUACAAGCUGGCAGAUGCCACCCAGCCCCUCGUCGUCAGCCUGGCCUACGUCAACAGCUGCCUCAACCCCAUCAUCUACGUGGGGAUGAGCUGGGGCUUCCGGCAAAGCCGCCUGGCUGACAUCCUCCAGGAGGAGGAGGCAGACCUAGGGGAUGAGGCCCAGGGUCAGCUCACCUCCAUGAGCAGCGGGCAGGUUUAGGUCCAUGGGGGUCCCCCAGCUCGGGCGGGACAAGGAGAGCAGGGGACUGGACUGGACUGAGCAGGCGAGAUGCUCUCACCCCGGCUGCUGUGCACUGUGGGAUGCUGAGAUGCCGUGCCCUGUGGGUACCACAUCUGUGCCUUGCAUGGUCGCUGAAGGAGUCUCUGCAGAGUCGGCUGGAGGGGGCAUCCUGCAGCCCCUCAGCGAAGGGGCUAGCUCCGUAUUACCACUGAACUGCUCCGACUGGAAGCUCUGGGGGCAGGGACUGUCUCUGUUCUGCGUGUGUACGGCCCCGCUGCAAUACAGAUCAUCCAUAAAUCACA